CAUGGGCAUUGAUAAUGAAAGUGGUGAUAAUAAAGAAUAUAAUGAACCAGUGCAAGCAUCAAACAUGGAAAUUGACACUGAUAAUGAAAAUGCAAGCUCUAAUGAUAUUGAGAACUGCAUAAAUCACACAGAUAAUAUUGAAGAGGAUUCUUUUGAAAUAUAUGAUACAAUCACGCCUGCAGAACCAGGGAAGACAUUCCAACUUGUUAUUGGAGAGAGUCAGAAAGGAAAUGAUAUUUUGCUUCACAAUGGCUUUGCUUUUAAUAGGAAGGGCAAAGAGUGGCAUUAUAAUAAUGUGGAGAUGUUCAGUUAG